AUGGUUGCAAAGGCGAUCUCGGAUGCCGACGGUUGGACCGACGAUCAUCCAGUCAUCUCCGAGUUGCGGAGUCGCCUACAGCCUCGUAAAAGACUUCAAGGUAACCGACCCAAGGUAAGUUGAAUAUUGCUUUGUUCUCCUUGCUCGCUCAUCAUCUCCAUUUCAGCAAUGAAAUAGCCCAAACGCUAGCCAACCUUCCAGUCGCCGCCGCCACCGAGGAGAACGCCUCCAUUGAGAACCGAAGGUGCAAACUGCGGGACACACUCAAGUAGACGGUCCUGGCUAUCUUCGGUCGUGCAUGGCGCCAACAUCAGGACUGGCUCGAUGGCAAUGACACCGCCACCAGCAACCUAUUCGCCGAGGUGAGCCGUCCGCACAAAACCUACGUCGACCGCCCGACCGACGACAACAGAACGGCCUUCUACCUUUUUCGCAGUCUUGUGCAACAGCGGCUGCGGGAGAUGCAAGACCAAAGAGAUCCAAGUUUACGCGUAUCCAAACGUAUGGAAGAACUUCUCUGCGACCAGGGCUACCAACGGUGCCACAACCAAAGGCACUGCUCCUCUUCUCAGUGCCAACGGAACCACCCUACUCACGAAAUAGACACAAAUUCUGCCUAACACUUCUGAGCCAUCUUCAACCGUCCCCCAACCAUUUCCGACGCCGUCAUCACCCCCCUGCCUCAAAUGGAGACCAACGCCGAUCUCAAACUCCAGCCCUCUCUCCACGAAACCAUAAGGUAGUGCAGCAGCUCUCCAGUGCAAAAGCACCCGAUCGGACACAAUCCCUGCUGACCUCUGCAAGGCUGACGGUCCCCAACUCAUGGAUCAUCUGACUGCGCUCUUCCUCGAGAUGUGGCGCCAAGAAGAAGUCCCGCAGGACUUUAAAGACGCCACGAUCUUGCACCUAUACAAACGGAAAGGGAACCGCCAGCUCUGUGAAAACUAUGGAGACAUCUCCUUCCUGAACACCGCCGGGAAGAUCUUCACUCGCAUUCUUCUCAACCGUCUGAAGAACCAUCUAGAACAGGGUCUUCUGCUAGAAAGCCAGUCCGGCUUCCGCCGUUAUAGUGGAACCACCGACAUGAUCCUCGCCGCCCGUAAGCUGUAGGAGAAGUGCCAGGAGAUGCGGACCCACCUGUACUCUACCUUCGUCGAUCUGACGAAAGUCUUCGACACGUUGAAUCACGGAGGACUGUGGAGAAUCAUGCAGAAAUUCGGCUGGCCCGAACGAUUCAUUCAAAUAGCGCGUCAGCUCCACAAUGGCAUGAUACCGCGAGUCACGGACAAUGAAGCUGUCACAGAGGCAUUUGCAGGGACCAACGGAGUAAAGCAGGGCUGCGUCCUCGCGCCUUUCCUCUUCAUUUUCAUGUUCUCUGCCACAAUGAAGGACACCUGCCGCGACGAACGCCCUGGUAUCCGCAUGGCCUACAGGACGGACGGCCAUCUCCUCAAUCAGCGGCGGAUGCACUUCCGGUCGCGUGUUUCCACAACCACAGUCCAUGAACUUCUCUUCGCCGACGACUGCGCUUUCAAUGCCACCUCGGAAGGGGAUAUGCAUAGGAGCAUGGAUCUCUUCGCCGCAGCCUGUAACACAGAUGCCGAUGCUGUCUACAUCGCACCCCAAAUCAACGUGAACGGCGCCCAUCUGCAAGUCUUGAAUAGCUUCAUCUACCUGGGUAGCACCCCCUUCCGCACCACCAAGAUCGGCGACGAAGUGGCCCACCGGAUCUCCAAAGCGAGCCAAGUCUUCGGUCUUCUGCAAAGCACCGUCUGGAAUCAACACGGUCUCCACCUCGGUACCGAACUGAAGAUGCACAAAGCGGUCAUCCUGCCGACGCCACUGUAUGUAGCAGAAACCUGACUGGUAUGCAAGAAGCAGGCACGAAGACUCAACCACUCCCACCUCAGCUGUUUUCGAAGGAUCUUGAAGUUGAAGUGGCAGGACCGGAUCCCGCACAUGAACGUACUGGGACGGAUGGGAAUCGUCGGCGUCUGCGCCCUGCUGAGACAACUGAAACUGAGUUGGAGCGGCCAUCUCGUGCGGAUGGACGACAAGCGGCUACCGAAUAGAUUCUUUUACGGAUAUGUCGACACGGGUUUACGCCGACAGGUAGGUCAAGUCCGGUGCUACAAGGGCGCCCUGAAGACUUCCCUGAGACGCCUGCAAAUCAAUCCCAUCAACUGGGAAGAAAUUGCCCGAGACCGACCGACCUGGUGGAGUGCAGUGGAGACAGACGCAGUGAUCUACGAAACCAACCGCAUCACCGCCUCCAAAGCCAAACGCAAAUCUCAUAGACCUCGACUGCCCUCGCCUCACAACAUCAACAGUCAGCCUCCCCCGACCUGCGCACGUCGCAGCGGACGUUCCCAGACACUAGUCAGUCUCAUUAGACAUCUUCAAACCAACUGCAUCACCCGGACGGCACCUCAUGAUGCCCCCCCACCAACAUCCGCCCCGCCCCCACGCCGAUAA